UUGAUUAAAAAAGUCUUCCCCACUUUCAGAAGAGUGUUGAGGUGAACAGGAAGGGAGGUAAUGGAGGCCUCCUUUUGUAACAGGAGCUGUUUUGUGUGUUGAUGCAGUUGUCUUGAGAGCUCGAAAACGGCAGCAGAUCCAGGAGGGCUUCCCUGGAGCCUGUCCGCUUGGUCGUCAAACUGCUGCCCAGAAGAAAGAUGUUUGGUUUUCACAAGCCAAAGAUGUACCGAAGUAUAGAGGGCUGCUGCAUUUGCAGAGCUAAGUCCUCCAGUUCUCGCUUCACUGACAGUAAACGUUACGAAAAGGACUUCCAGAGCUGUUUCGGGUUGCAUGAGACUCGUUCAGGAGACAUCUGCAACGCUUGUGUUCUGCUUGUGAAGAGAUGGAAGAAGCUGCCAGCAGGAUCCAAAAAAAACUGGAAUCAUGUGGUAGAUGCGAGGGCAGGACCCAGCCUGAAGACUACACUGAAACCAAAGAAAGUGAAAACCCUGGCUGGAAACAGGAUAAAAAGCAACCAGAUCAGCAAACUGCAGAAGGAGUUUAAACGUCACAAUUCUGAUGCUCACAGUACCACCUCAAGUGCCUCCCCAGCUCAGUCUCCUUGCUACAGUAACCAGUCUGAUGAUGGCUCAGAUACAGAGAUGGCUUCUGGCUCUAACAGAACACCGGUGUUUUCCUUUCUAGAUCUCACAUAUUGGAAAAGACAGAAGAUAUGUUGUGGGAUUAUCUAUAAAGGCCGUUUUGGGGAAGUCCUCAUCGACACGCACCUCUUCAAGCCGUGCUGCAGCAAUAAGAAGGCGGCUGUGGAGAAGCCAGAGGAGCAGGGCCCGGCACCACUGCCCAUCUCCACUCAGGAGUGGUGACCGAGGUUCACGUAGAAGGGGAACAGAAAUGAUUCAAAAGACCACAAAGCAACAAACUGAUGUCCUGUUUUUAACUCGGAUACCUGCUAUUCUGCCAAAAGACAUUUUCUAGGAUAGUUUUGAAUGGGUUAUUUCCCCCGGUCCCACCAAACUCUGAAGCCAGUGUCUAGCUUACUAAAAGAAAAGUGUACAUAAUAUUUAAGAUGCUGAGUAUUUCAUAGGAAAGCUGAAUGCUGCUGUAAAGUGCUCUUUAAGUCUUUUUUUAAAUCCCCUUCUAAUGAAUGAAAUAGGGGAAUUUCAGGGGACAGAGAUGGGAUUUGUUGUAUGAUAAACUCUAUGUAGUGUUAGUCUUUCUAUAUUGAGAAGCAGUGGUUGGGGCAUUUUUAAGAUGGCUGGCUACACUUGUUUCCCUCAUGAUCAAUUUGUCAUAACUAGCUAACAGGACUUGCCCCUAGAGGUAGUUGAUAA